UCUCUUCCCUGCAUGUUAUGUAAUGUGCUUUUAUUUUGAAGGUCAGAAACGCAAAAACAAGGCUCGUCUCGUAUCAGGAUUUCCAUUCACGUGCAACACAAACAUUCCGCCCGUGUCCUAAACUGAUCUCGGACCAGCAGAAGUUAACGGCGUAACAUUUAAAUAGUCGGCAGCGUUAAGCCAACAUGCACGUGGAGGCGAUAUACAACGUGCUCGGCUUGGAGUGGAUGGACGGCAGGACUAUUUUGAUAUUUAUUUUAGUUUUGCUGGUGUUAGCGGAUGUUUGGAAGAACCGAGCUCCGCCGAACUUCCCCCCGGGGCCCUGGGCUCUCCCGUUCAUCGGGGACCUCCAUCGCAUGAACCCCUCCAGAUUCCACCUGCAGAUCGGAGAGUUUGCAGCGAAAUACGGAAACGUCUUCAGCCUCCGGCUCUUCGGUGGAAGGAUCGUGGUCCUCAAUGGCUACAAGCUGGUUUGGGAGGCCCUGGUCCUAAAGGGAGAGGACUACGUGGACCGCCCCAGGAUACCGAUGUUCGAUGCAUUGUCCAACAACAAAGGUCUGGUGUUAACGAAUGGCAACUCAUGGAAGCAGCAGAGGAGAUUUGCUAUCCGUACACUCAGAAACUUUGGCGUCGGCAAGAAGAGCCUGGAGGUGUCCAUCCAGCAGGAGUGUCACUAUCUCACGGAGGCGUUUGCCCUUCAGCAAGGCAAGCCUUUUGAUGCCCAGCCUCUGAUCAACCAGGCCGUGUCCAACAUCAUCUGCUGCCUGGUGUUUGGGGAACGCUUUGAAUACUCUGACAAGCAGCACCAGUUUAUUCUCCAGUCCUUCAAUGAGUUGCUGUACCUGGAAGGAGGCUUCUGGGCUCAUGCUUAUAAUCUCGCCCCCUGGCUGAUGAGACGGCUUCCUGGACCCCACCAGAGGAUGUUCUCCCUGACCAAAACCAUCCUGGACUUCAUCCAGGUGAAGGUGGAGGAGCACAAAGAGAGCCUGGACGCCUCCUCGCCCAGAGACUACAUCGACUGCUUCCUCGCCGAGAUGGGAGAGAAGGAGGACGAGGACUCCGGCUACAACUCCAAGAACCUGUAUUAUUGCUCCAUGGACCUGUUUGUUGCUGGAACUGAAACCACAACGACCACAUUGCACUGGGGGCUGCUCUACAUGAUCUACUACCCCCACAUACAAGCGAGGGUCCAGGCCGAGAUGGACUCUGUGGUGGGCUCCUCCAAGCAGCCCUCCAUGUCCGACAGAGAGCGGCUGCCGUACACGGACGCCGUGCUGCACGAGGUCCAGAGGAUGGCCAACAUCCUGCCGCUCAACCUGUUGCACAUGGCGGGCCGCGAGACCUCGGUGGGGGGCUUCACCUUCCCCAAGGGCACCGUCAUCAUGCCGACGCUCACCUCGGUGCUGCGAGACGAGUCCAUGUGGGAGACGCCGCACGCCUUCAACCCGGAUCACUUCCUGGACCAGGACGGCAAGUUGAGGAAGAGGGAAGCGUUCCUCCCUUUCUCCGCCGGUAAACGCAUGUGUCUCGGGGAGCCGCUGGCCCGCAUGGAGUUGUUCCUCUUCUUCACCUCCCUCCUCCAGAGGUUUUCCUUCUCUCCGCCGCCCGGAGAGGAGCCGAGCCUAGAGUUCAAGCUGGGCGCCACGCUGUGCCCGCGGCCGUACCGCCUCCGCGCCACGCCGCGCUGACCCGACCCAUGAGCACGCGGGGGCCGCGCCCAGUGUGUGUGUUGCAAUACAGCCGCUGUAGAUUAACAAAGUGUCUGUGUGUCUAUAUGUGUCUGUCUGUCUUUUUAUGUGUGUGUGUCUUUUUGUCUGUGUCUCUGUGUGUUAUGUCUUUUUGUGUGUGUCUGUGUGUCAGUCUUUUUGUGUGUGUGUGUCUCUUUUAUUAUAAUUUGAUAAAACAUAAUGUGGACAUGUUGUUUUUCAUCUUAAUCAAGCCGCUUUUAAAAAGGUAUUUAAAGUUAUUAAUGUAAUCCUUUCUAUUGCCUAAAGAAAUAAAAUCAGUGUUAACUAAAUACUGACAUAGCAGAUUUAAAAUAAGAUUUGUUUAGCACAUUUCAAUCCAUGAAUGAGGCUUUGCUUUUCUACAUUUUAGAAAGUAGCACUUUGAAUGUAUUUUAAUCUUUUUGUAACUUGUAAAGUGACAUAUAUAAACAUCAAAGCGUG